UCACACAGUACUCAACCCCCACCUGUGCGCGACUAAAAACUGAGACGAGAACAUGAACAUCUCGCGAGGUCACACAUAGCAGGAACCCACCCAUCAGUGAUGCGGACAGCAGUGUGUGUAUAUUACUGGCGAGGGAGGCGCUCGGAAGCUAGGAGCAAUUGUGGCAAGGUCGACACCAGCAUCCUGCUGUAAAUUACAGGAAGACGGUAUUUCGACGGACUCAAGUUUGGUGGGAGUGGGGAAGAAAAAAAUUGCCUUUUGCUUUGCGGCUGAGGAAGAAAAAGUCAAUAGGUAGCUUAAAGUAUCCGACUUGUAGCCACGUUUGGAACUAACGGGGAAUUUUUCGUUCUUAGAGCGAUCCAUACGGUGUUCUAAGCGCAUUUUCUCCUCUGCCACAGUUCCUCUCGUCACGGACCUAGGACCUUACGUUUGUUCUCAUAUACGGUUCAACCGUUAAGUCUGUGUGUGGUGUGUUAUGUCGGUGUCAUCAACUCCAGAUCCCGCUCUGGGAGAGACCGGCCCAGCGGAGAAUGAAUUUUUAGCUCCCGACGCAGGGCAAAAGCCGCCCGGUCCGACGCAUAGUCAGAGUCGUUUCCAGGUGGACCUUGUGGCGGAGGCAGCUGCGGUAGUUUCCGAAAAUGAGUCGCUGAGUUCCGAAGCUUCCGCCACUGUCCCAUCCAGCGAUCAGGCCAACCCUGGCGCUCCUCCGGAAUACCCAGGGCCAAGCAGCGAAGAAGCUAAAGGACGAUUUCGGGUGGUAAAUUUUGCAGACCCAAGCGGAGCUGGGAGUCUGACAUCUCCAGAUACAGUGCCUUCCGACGGGAUGCAGAACGGCGACACAGUGAUGAGCGAGACUAGUUUACAUUCAUCCACUGGCGGCCAGCAUCACUAUCACUAUGACACACACACCAACACCUAUUACCUGAGGACUUUUGGGCACAACACCAUCGAUGCCGUGCCCAACAUCGAUUUUUACCGCCAGACAGCCGCACCGUUGGGGGAGAAGCUGAUCAGACCCACCCUGUCGGAGUUGCACGACGAGUUGGACAAGGAACCUUUUGAAGAUGGAUUUGCCAAUGGUGAUGAGCUGACUCCAGCUGAGGAAGCCGCAGCAAAGGAAGCCGCUGAAUCCAAAGGCGUUGUCAAGUUUGGCUGGAUCAAAGGAGUUCUGGUCCGCUGUAUGUUGAACAUAUGGGGUGUGAUGCUCUUCAUCCGUAUGUCCUGGAUUGUGGGUCAGGCUGGAAUUGCUCUAUCUUGCUUGAUUAUUGCUAUGGCCACCGUUGUGACAACGAUCACUGGACUCUCCACCUCUGCAAUUGCAACAAAUGGAUUUGUUCGCGGAGGCGGAGCAUACUAUUUGAUUUCAAGAAGUUUGGGACCAGAGUUUGGAGGGUCUAUUGGUCUAAUCUUUGCCUUUGCCAAUGCAGUGGCGGUAGCCAUGUAUGUGGUGGGCUUUGCUGAAACCGUCGUGGAACUUCUUGCUGGUGUGGAUGCCAUCAUGACGGAUGCAACCAAUGAUAUCCGAAUAAUAGGCACCAUCACAGUAAUACUUCUUCUCGGCAUAUCUGUAGCCGGAAUGGAAUGGGAAGCAAAGGCCCAGAUCUUCUUGCUCUUUGUACUCGUCACAGCAAUCAUUAAUUACUUCAUUGGAACCUUUAUUCCUCUUAAGUCAAAGGAAUCUGCGGGCUUCUUCGGAUACGAUGGUUCUAUUAUGUGGGAGAACAUGGGUCCCGACUUCAGGAAACAAACAUUCUUUUCUGUGUUUGCCAUUUUUUUCCCUGCAGCUACUGGUAUUCUAGCUGGGACCAACAUUUCUGGAGACCUUGCGGACCCACAGCUGGCCAUUCCCAGAGGAACACUUCUGGCCAUAUUGAUCACUGGAAUAGUUUAUCUAGGAGUAGCUGUCUCCACAGGUUCCUGUAUUGUGAGAGAUGCCAGUGGAAAUGACACAAUCAGUACUCAAUUAAUGAUGAAUUGCACCGAUGCUUCCUGCAAAUUUGGCUAUGAUUUCUCUGCUUGUAAGAGUGAAAAAGAUGGCUGUCCCUAUGGCCUACAUAAUAAUUUCCAGGUUAUGAGCAUGGUUUCGGGUUUUGGGCCCAUCAUUACAGCUGGAAUCUUCUCUGCCACUCUUUCCUCAGCAUUAGCGUCUUUAGUCAGUGCACCCAAAGUAUUUCAGGCCUUAUGUAAAGACAACAUUUACCCUGGACUUGAAAUGUUUGCCAAAGGUUAUGGCAAAAACAAUGAGCCACUACGGGGCUACAUCCUGACCUUUGUGAUCGCUCUUGCCUUCAUCCUAAUUGCUGAACUGAAUGUCAUUGCCCCUAUCAUCUCCAACUUUUUCUUGGCCUCCUAUGCCUUGAUCAACUUUUCUGUGUUCCAUGCUUCAUUGGCUAACUCCCCAGGGUGGCGUCCCAGCUUCAAGUAUUACAACAUGUGGGUUUCGCUUGCUGGAGCUGUUCUGUGCUGUGUGGUAAUGUUUGUCAUUAACUGGUGGGCUGCUCUCUUCACCAACGUCAUUGUUCUGGGACUCUAUAUUUACGUCAGUUAUAAAAAGCCAGAUGUGAACUGGGGCUCAUCGACCCAAGCUUUGACCUACCACCAGGCUCUCACUCACACGUUGCACCUUAGUGGAGUAGAAGACCACAUUAAGAAUUUCAGACCCCAGUGUCUGGUGAUGACUGGUUAUCCUAAUUCCCGUCCAGCUCUAUUGGACCUCGUCCACAGCUUUACUAAGAAUGUGGGUCUGAUGAUCUGCGGUCAUGUUCGGACGGGUUAUAGAAGGCCAAACUUUAAAGAUCUGGCAACAGACCAGUCCCGGUAUCAGCGAUGGCUGCUGAAGAAUGAAACAAAGGCUUUCUAUACACCAGUGUUUGCAGAAGACAUGCGGCAAGGCAGCCAAUACCUCCUUCAGGCUGCAGGCUUGGGCCGUCUAAAGCCUAACACCCUUGUGCUUGGGUUCAAAAAUGAUUGGAGGGAUGGUGACAUGAUGACUGUGGAGACAUACAUUAGUAUGAUACAUGAUGCCUUCGACUUUCAAUAUGGUGCUGCUAUUUUACGAUUAAAAGAGGGACUGGAUGUGUCGCAUAUCCAUGGACAAGAUGAUUUGCUAUCCUCCCAAGAGAAGGCCUCUGGGAUGAAAGAUGUGAUUGUGUCUAUUGACCCCAGCAAAGACUCUGAUGGGGAUUCAUCCAAGCUAUCUUCCAAAGCUGCAAGUCUUCAAAACAGUCCAGCUAUACAGAAAGAUGAUGAAGAUGAUGGCAAAGCUACAUCCCAGCCCCUGUUGAAAAAAGAUAAGAAGAACUUGACUGUACCGCUGAAUGUGUCUGACCAGAGACUGUUGGAGGCCAGCCAGCAGUUCCAGAAGAAACAAGGGAAGGGCACAGUUGAUGUCUGGUGGCUGUUUGAUGAUGGAGCGGGCACUGAAGCUCUCGAUUGAAGCGCUGGGGUCCUCCAUUGGCAGCUGACUCGUCAUAUGACUUGACUGCAGAUAUGACGUGCCACUCUUAAGAAGUUACCACUGCUAGCAAUGUUGCCAAAAGAGAUGAAAAAAUAAAAAAAUGACCAUCUCCAAUUGAAAUAAAUUUGUCAGAAAAAAAACUCAUCAAAACAUUUUACAAUCUACACAUGAUCUACAUCACUUUUGUCUUCAGAAGAUCACAUGACACGCAUUGUCAAAACAUGCUCCGCAGGGUCUGAUUUGAUUGGCUGACAGGGGUGGCGACUCGGUUGUGGUAGGUCGGUACGGUAGAUCAUGAUCAUAAAGCCUGUAAUGCUGUGCCGUUUGAAAUAUAAGCACGGAACGCGGUUCACCAAUUUCUGACCACUACUGUAGGUUUUUUUUUUUUUAAACUGCUUAUUCUGGGAUUUACCUCAGGUUGAGCAUCAAGAAGCUAUUGGAACCAGUACUCAUUUGUAUAUCCAGGGUCUUUUCCAGUAAGUUAGACCACUAUGGCGAUCAGGUAUUUUUUAUCCCUGUCAUUUUGAUAAGGGACAGAAAUGUUGUCAAAGAAAUAUGGCAUAAAAAAGUAGAACUGCAAACUUGUUAAGGGUAAAAUGUGACUGUCUCAACAAUUGUUUCUAGUAAUCUGUGAAAAACUAGUUUUUUUUCAUAUCAGUUCAUGGGAUAAUAAAUCAUUGUUGAUUAAUGACAUCAAUUUUUGCUACGAAAUGAAACAUAGUUAAAAAAAAAUAGAUGCAAUACCAUUUUAAAUGAGGCAUCACUACGAAUUUUUUAUUAUAUGAGCAAGUGUCGAGUAGGAAAAAUUUCAGGGCAAUUUUAGGUCUUUUGAAUAGCUGUUUAUUUUAGUUAAAGGUGACCCAAAGGUUAUUGUUUAGAUAAUUUAUAGAACUCCACGAUACAAUGGAAAGUUUAUGGAGAAUUUUUAAUAACUGCUGUCAGGUAUUUGUAGUGAAUACAACUAUUUUGUCCUUAAGAUUCAUGUUACAAUAACAUGGAAAAAAUGCAUAGAACUCUCUCCUAUAUUGGACACAUUUGACCUCGCAAAAUUAAGAGUGAAACCCACACUCAAGGUCACAUCUGAUAUCCACUCAUCUCUAAGGAUGAUGAAAUUCAGUUGACAUGAAGGAUAUGGUUAUUUUUGACCAUUUUUGCCCAUUUUUUUAAAUUAGAGAUUCUGCCAAAAAAAAAAAAAAAAAAGGCAGAUUCGAGUAUCAUCGCCAGGCUUCUGAUGACCGUUGCUGUACCACAAAGUGAUUUUGAGACCGUAAUGAAAGUUUGGAUAAUCUUCUGUUGAAAAUCUAAAAUGUCUUGAAUGCUGUCACUCCUAUUAAAGUUAAGUUUGAAACGACCUAGAACACCAUGAAGGUCUUUACAGAGAUAAGGCCCUCUAUACAAGAGUAGGAAAGGAAAAUAUAAGUGGGAAAAACUAAACUCCAACUUGACUAUGACCUCUACAAACAAAGUCUAAGUCAAAGAAAUUUAAUCAAGCGUUAAUCAGGGUUGGACAGUAACACUUAACAAACCAUCAGUAAGAACCUCAACAAUGCUCGGGCAAAUUUGCCGUAGUUGACAAUCUCACACAGCGCCAAAUGGCAUAUGAAUGCAUGAAUUUGCUUCUUUUAGUGAAGAAAAUACUAUCGGGUUAAAUAACAAAUCAGCAAAAUGAUUAAAUGUUGUUACAUUUGAAGCCAUCCAGCAAAAACGCCAUAAUCAUCUCAGAAUUUGAUAUGUUACCAAAAACCAGUUAAGCAACAGAAAUCAUCAAUGACCUGUCUUGACUCAGGAUCAUCUGACAUUUUCAAAGCUAUUGUGAAGUCUGUGCUAGACGAUGCGCAGAAAACAUUUAAUUGCUCACCUUAGGUGAAUUUCCUAAAGCGCUUAAAGUAGUUGCCAUGAAGCUAAUUCUAAAAAUAGAACGUUGGACUCUUCCACGUUACCAAGCAAAAGACCCAUCACAAAUCUCCCUUUCAUGGCCAAUAUUGUUGAGAAAUUGACCUUUUGACAAAAUACAAUCAGGUUUCGAACCACAUUUCAAUACAGACUUUACUGCUCUUAUCAAUGUGUGAAAUGAUCAGUCAUACAAAUACUGACUUGGGAAAGGUGUCAGUUCUAGUCUUGCUAGAUUUCAGUGAGGUUUUUGCAGUUCUCAUCUCAUCAUAGUAACAAAAGAGAUCUUAAUAUAUUGCUGAAUAGGUUGGAAACAUGGAUAGGACAAAAUGGAACAGUCCUUAAAUUGUUCCAGUCCUACUUGGAGGAAAGGAGUUAUUUUGUAACCACUGGAUGCGUUUAAUCUCAUCAAAUGGCAAUGAUGUAUGGGUUCCAUCUCGGCCGCAGGGGUGGCCAACCUGCAACUCUCGAGCAGCAUGCAGCUCUUUGCCUCCUUUUAUGUGGCUCCCGUAAAAGAACGAAAGCAUAUUGAAGUUAUUUAUGCUGUUAUGUGUGUGUAUAUUUUUUAUUUUUUAUUCUCUUUAUUUUCCUUUUGUACUUUGA